GCAGACUUCCGUUGCUGUCAAGGGCAUCGAAAAGUGUCGUUAGCCGAGCCUACUAGUAGCUGCCCACACGUGUAUUUACACAAGAUCAAAACAGCUAGACUUUCGGUAGCGACUCCGUUGGAAAUGGACGGGUUCGGCGCAGACUUCCCAGCGGGUGCAUCGGGUGGUAAAGUGGACGCCGGCACCAUCAUGGAGCAGGUCAAGGUCCAGAUAGCAGUGGCUAACGCGCAGGAGCUGCUGCAGAGGAUGACAGACAAGUGCUUCAAGAAGUGCAUAGGUAAACCUGGGAGCACGCUGGACAACUCUGAGCAGAAAUGUAUUGCCAUGUGCAUGGACCGGUAUAUGGAUGCCUGGAACACUGUGUCUCGAACGUACAACUCUAGAUUACAGAGGGAAAGAGCUCGUAUGUGAACAUCUCUCCCCUCAAACGUCCUUUCCCUUCGUCGGACUGCUGCUUGCAGUGAGGAGGAGUACGUUGUUUCCACCGGCGGCCAGGAGCUGUGCUCAGACGUCUCAUGGCAGCAGCACAACAACAUCGUCAAACCAAUAUCUCACGGACAGUCGGAGACUGUGGACUCGAGCCAUAACAAAAGUCUCUGCGGACAUUUUCAUUUUGCUCGAGGAACAGUUAUGUGUUUUUAUGUUAUGACUAAUUAAUCUUCUGGUCUACAUGUAGUCACACAUUUUAAAAAGCUGCCGUUUACACUUGCUUGUUUAAAGACAUGUAGGUCACAAUAAUUAAAAGCCGUAACCUGUUGAGCACACGUGCGAUUUAGUGCUUGUGAUCUGUCCAAGGAAAUUGAGUUAAUUAUUGCAGUCUUUUUUUCUUAAUAGUAUGGCUUCAAUAGAAACACUGAAACCUCUCUGCCUUCAAACUAAGGUUGAAUAUUUCUUUUAAGAGACUGUGCAUAUACCUGUAAUAACGGGUUGCUGUCACACCAAUUCAUCCAUAAAAUACUUACCGCAUGUUUGCGCUACCAAUUCUUUUCAUUGUGUUUAUGCUCCGCAGAAUUAAAUUAUUAUUUAAACAUUAAAGCUGCACAACCUGAGCCCUCAAGGGGCAAAAACCGGCAGAACUUAAACACGCUUUUAAACUAAAUUCAAAACGAAGGACCAACUUUGUGUUUUCAUACGGGUGAAGCUGACAUUCACGAGCCUUCGAACAGCCAUAUCAAAGUACACCUGGAGAACAAAACAGUUUUGUCUGAUCUGUUUUCUAGUCACUCUAUCUGCUGCCUGCCACAGUGGUGGGCUUGUUUCAGCAGGGUCUGCCUGGCUGUACAAAGGGUACUGAACCUUUCUCAUCCGUAUGUGCACACCUCGUCAGAUGUCUGGCAACCACACUCUACUCCCCCCCCCCCAACCCCACUUUCCUGUGGAAAUAAUGUAGAUAAGUAACCGCAGGAAAAGCUUGUGAACAGUAUCAGCAGUUUGUCAGCAAAUGGAAUCUUUUUUAUGGAAAAAAAAGAGUCCUCUGUUGUGUCUCGUCAAGAGUAUGUCAAUCAAACAUCACCAUGGGUUUGUCAAAAUAAAGUGAAAAUUCUAUUAAA